AUGAGCCGCCCAGUGCCACCUAAAACACGGAAAGACUUCGAUAUCGCGAUCAUCUGCGCGCUGCAGCUGGAGGCCAAUGCAGUUGAGGCAAUAUUCGACCGGUUCUGGGACGAAGAUGGCGAUCGAUACGGAAAAUCCUCUGGAGACAAAAAUGCGUAUCGGACCGGGGUGAUCGGAAAUCACAACGUUGUGCUUGCAUAUAUGCCCGUGCUCUACAAAAACAAAAUCAUGAUUACCACUGCCCCGGCAGACAGCACAACCGGGGCAGCCGCUGCCUGUAUGAGGUCAGUUUUAGAGCAGUGGGCAGUCGUUGAUAAGGCUGAACAGAGAAGUACUCGACUUAACGAUCCUUUGCACGGAGAGCCCGAGUCACCCAUCAAUAGUCCCUCUAAGAUCCAGUCGAGUCGAGUUGAUGAAGGAUAUCAUUCACAAAACAAUUAUGACAGCAGUGAUGGCGAGAUUACACAAGUUUUACCGCGGAUCGAAAAUUGGUUUAAAAGUACGCUUUCUUAUUUCAAAGAAAACCGCAAGUGUUUGCCUCGGGACGUUGAUCUCAGAAAAACAUUAAAAACACAACGCGUUAUCUUCGCGAGCAAUGUCAAGUGCUUGCCGUCAGAUUCGCCGGACGCUGUCAAGGAUCACCUGGGUUCGUCGAAAGGCAUUUGUCUACAAGCAGCUCUAGAAAUAGAGAAGAAGUUUGAGCAGAUCCAAGAGCUCACGAAGCACCUCCCCGCCGCUACCAAGGCGAGAAAGCAGACCAAGAGUGAAACAGAAAUGCUAAAGCACGCCAUUGAUGACCUCAAGUCCCUAAUACAGGUCUUCGUAUCCUCGAUCCCUCAAACCAACCAACCACUCCCACGGGAAGAGCCAAGAACGACUACCCCCACUAGAAGUCGUCACGAAUUCCAGCAUUUCCACAUUGUUCAGCAAGCCGCGUGUAGUCUCUAUGAUGCAAUUGGAACAGCUUGCAACUUACACACCAUUCAUGAUGUGCACCUCUCCCUUCAGCCAGAUCUCGAUCAAACAUCAACGAGGGUGCGAUUCGAUGUGGCUUUUGCUCAGCAUUCCAUGAAGUCAGGAAAUGCAGUUUGGAUCAACGUUGAAUCAAUCAUCAAAUCCGUCGAACAAAUUCCCAGGCCUGUACUACCACCACUCGCCAUACAGCAAAUUACAGGUAUACCGAAUCUGUACUUGCAACGGAAUUUCUGCACUGUGGUCGAAAGGUCACUCCAUCAGCAGAUUUGCAACGGCUGCAUUGGCCUUCUUGGAGACAAUGAGGUCUGCAAGCACUUGGCUUACCUGGGGAGUCAAACUGACAGCUCCUCUGCACCAAGAUCAUUGUCGCAACUUGUCUCGAUAUCAAAGGCCAAUCCCAUGAAUGAAAUGGGUACUUAUGAGCGGGUACGGCUAGCAAGAUAUCUCGCUACCGCUGUUCUUUAUUACCAUGCUACACCUUGGUUGAAAAAAGUAUGGUCUAGCAAAGAUGUCUACUUUUUCGACGAUCAUGAUACCUCUCUUCAGAAAAGACGACCCAUCUUACCCUAUGUGACCGCCUCUGUCCAGGCAGCAAGCUCCUCAGCGCGAUCUCAGGCUCGAUUACCCGAUUACCACCACAUCAUUCGUAACCCGGUCUUGUUUGGACUGGGCGUCAUGUUUCUGGAACUGGCAUUCCAAGCUCCCCUCGGAACUUUACAGGAGCCAAUUGACCUCGAAAAGGGAGAAACGUGGGGAUUUGUGGAGUAUUUCACGGCACAUAGAGUUGUAGAGCAAAGUCACAGCAAAGUCAGCACGAGCUUCAAGAAGAUUAUCAAACAGUGUUUGCACUGUGACUUUGGGCAUGACAGUGAUUUCACGAGUCCCGCACUUCAGCAGGCUUUCUACAAGGACGUGAUCAGUGUUCUUGAGGAUCUGGAAGAACUCUUUCGGGAUUUGCAGAUUGAAUAA